GAUCUCCAGACCAGCUAAACAAUUACAAUAAACACAUCAUGGCGAGCAUCAACUGGCGAACGAUCAAUGUGGACGCUUUGGAUCCGGAAUCGUCCUACAACUUCGACCUCAGCACCCUGACGCCUGCCGUCCAACCUGUUUCGACCGAAGAAGUACAAACACUCGCGAACCAGAUCCGACAGCUACUACGAGGAGGAAAUGCCGAGGGCGCAUUGAUUGGAGCAUUGGAGAACCCACCGUAUGGUGCAGACGAGCAGGGAAAGUCAAUCCACCUCAACACAGUUACGGAGAUCUUACAAUCGAUACGGCAAGCCGAGAUGACGCCCAUCCUCCAGCGGAUAUACCAGUCAGAAGGUGGAUCAGAGAUUUGCGACACCCUCAUGAAAUACUUGUACAAGGGAAUGGGCUUGGUCGCACCACCAGCGGCGAACUCGGCAUCACGAAACAGCAUAGCCCAGGCGGGAGGAUUCACACAGGCUUCAGGACGGAACUUUGGAGGUGGUGAGGGAGGUGGACAAGCCAUGAGCGUACUGCUGAGCUGGCACGAGAAGCUUGUGGAGUUGGCUGGACCCGGCAGCAUCGUGCGCGUCAUGUCGGAUCGGAGGACAGUAUGA